AUGAACAAGCUGUACAUCGGGAACCUGCCCGAGGGCGUCACCGCGGCCGAGCUGGAGAAAGUGUUCGCCGAGCACCAGAUCUCCUUCAGCGGCCAGUUCCUCGUCAAGUCCGGCUAUGCCUUUGUGGACUGCCCCGACGAGCAGUGGGCCAUGAAAGCCAUCGAAACUUUCUCGGGGAAAGUGGAGCUCCACGGGAAGCAGCUGGAGAUCGAACACUCGGUGCCCAAAAAGCAAAGGAGCCGGAAGAUCCAGAUCCGGAACAUUCCGCCGCAGCUGCGAUGGGAGGUUUUGGACGGGCUGCUGGCCCAGUACGGCACCGUGGAGAGCUGUGAGCAGGUGAACACGGACAGCGAGACCGCCGUGGUGAACGUCACCUACGCCAACCGGGAGCAGACGCGGCAGGCUGACGAGGUCCCCCUGAAGAUCCUGGCCCACAACAACUUUGUGGGGCGCCUGAUCGGCAAAGAGGGCCGGAACCUCAAGAAGGUGGAGCAAGACACGGAGACCAAAAUCACCAUUUCCUCGCUGCAGGAGCUGACCCUGUACAACCCCGAGCGCACCAUCACGGUCAAGGGCUGUCCCGAGAGCUGCUGCCGCGCCGAGCAGGAGAUCAUGAAGAAAGUGCGCGAGGCCUACGAGAACGACGUGGCCGCCAUGAGCCUGCAGUCCCACCUCAUUCCCGGGCUGAACCUGGCCGCCGUCGGGCUCUUCCCGGCCUCCUCCACGGCGGUGCCGCCGCCCCCGAGCGGCGUCUCCGGGGCCGCUCCCUACAGCUCCUUCCUGCCCCCCGAGCAGGAGACCGUGCACGUGUUCAUCCCGGCGCAGGCGGUCGGGGCCAUCAUCGGCAAGAAGGGCCAGCACAUCAAGCAGCUCUCGCGCUUCGCCAGCGCCUCCAUCAAGAUCGCGCCCCCGGAGACGCCGGACUCCAAAGUGCGCAUGGUGGUGAUCACCGGCCCGCCCGAGGCGCAGUUCAAGGCGCAGGGCAGGAUUUACGGGAAGCUGAAGGAGGAGAACUUCUUCGGGCCCAAGGAGGAGGUGAAGCUGGAGACGCACAUCCGCGUGCCGGCCUCGGCCGCCGGCCGCGUCAUCGGCAAGGGCGGCAAGACCGUGAACGAGCUGCAGAACCUGACGGCGGCCGAGGUGGUGGUGCCGCGGGAGCAGACCCCGGACGAGAACGAGCAGGUCAUCGUCAAGAUCAUCGGGCACUUCUACGCCAGCCAGAUGGCUCAGCGCAAGAUCCGGGACAUCCUGGCGCAGGUGAAGCAGCAGCACCAGAAGGGCCAGGGCGGCCAGAGCCAAUCCCGGAGGAAAUAG